AUGACCGGCUCCGUGCGAACCUCACAUCUUCCCCCCACCGAUCCGAGCACCUACCCGUCGUUCAUAUGGGAGCUCGACCAUCGCAACUUCACCAUACCUGCGGAUUCCAAAAUCGCGCUUCAGGACGGACGCCCCGCCUCGCUCAUCCACCCUGCUGCCCCAGAAGUCCUUUUUCCCGCCUGGGCGGCCACCACUUGGCGGGCGAUGUCUGAAAUCUGGAAUGCUCGUGAUGUCUGGGUCAAAGGCUUCAACUAUUGUCGGAAAAACUCGCCUUCGUCGUACCAACGCGAUCUUCAGCACUUCGUCCGAGUGCACUGGUACGAGGCCGCCGCUCUGAAUUCGGACCUGUUGGCACGGUGUCAACGAAUACUCGGCGACAAUAUGGUCAACGACGAAUCGUUGAAUGACUGUGUCGACGUACUAAAUGCCACUCUUGACCCGGAGAGCCGUCCAAUAGUCGUAACCCAGACUGGCUUCUGUCCCUUUGUGCUCCAGGAGAAGACAUCGGAACGCGUGCUGCGAAAAGCUUUGCGCAAGCUCGGUAACAAGGCGCAUGGUCAAAUAAUCAUCCCAUGGCAUCUUCCACAAUCACGGCAUUGGGUCACUGUCCGGCUCGACCUCGACACGCGCAUGUUCGUGAUCGUCGAUUCCCUCCGCGGCGCCAAGUCCCCAGAUAAGACCGUCUGGCAAGGUGUACAACUCCUUGGGACAGCAAUUGACAAGUUUCUCGGCCUACCGGACGGCUCAGACCCCUGGAUACACGACGCUACAUCGAUAGCUUCACCAAGGCAACGUGACGGUAUUUCGUGCGGUCCGAUCACCUUGAACACAAUGCAACGAAUGUUGUAUGACGAUCGGGAUAUUUGGACGCCGGAGCGGGCAGUAGCAAGUCGCAUGGAGGUAAUGGAUGGCUGCGUGAAAUGUUGGGAACUGAGAGGCAGUCUGGCAAGGACAAAGACACAACAUGUAUUCGGCAAACUUGGUUUCUUUAACCCCGCCGGUGGCCCCGCCGUGUAUGCACCUGGUGAUUCAAAGUCCACUGACGGGAAUGGUGCAAAAACGCCGCUCCUGGACGCUGCGGGCACUCUUCCGAAGGCGCAAGCGAACCAGAUUCGGAGAGCAGCGAGAGAAAAGCAGCACCAGGGGUGGUUCAAGACACGGUGGCGAUGCGAAGGCUGCCCAACAUUUCUUCCCCCAUCACGAUGA